ACGAGAGAGUUACAGAGCGAGACAGAGAAAGAAAGGAAAGGAUAGAAUGAGUGUGAGAGAGAGGAAGGGUAAGUGAACAGAGUAUCUGGAAGAGUGUAAUAGAAGAAUAGAGCAAGAGAGCAACAUUGAGAGAGGAGACUUUAAGUGAGGGCUCAUCGUGGAUUUAGUAUUGAUCGGGGGGUGAAAACGUGUUGGUGUUAGAAUUAAAUGUAGUCUGCUGUCAGUUGUGGAUGAGAAAAGGAUCCGAGUACAACAGCGGCACUUAUAAAGUUUCUUCAAGACAAGACAACCUGAGCAGAACAAACAACCAGGCCACAGCUGGAAGAUCAAUUGAUCCCUUAUUCCUAUUUGUCAGUGUUGUUGUCAUGGCGAGGCACUGGCGUCUGUCAUCGGAAGGCUUCCCCCCUGUCAGCGGCCAUUUUGGAUCAACGGGCGGACUCAGGACGGAGAGAAAAGAAGAGGAAGAGGAGGAACGCUCACCCAUCUACUCCCUCUCCAAGAGCUCCAUGGACGUAGUCAUGGCAACCAAACACCCGCAUCUGCGAGACCCGGCGUGGGCAAAACUGGAGCUGAGACGGAGCGCCAGCCAAAAUACACAGUCCUCCACAAACACACACACACCAAAACUCACAACCCUACAGCAAUACAUACAACAACCCACACCCUCACACUCACAGACGUCUCAAAACAUACACGGGCACGGAUCUCCCCUGAGUAACGAGCGUGUGGCGCGUUGGAGUAUGUGUAGCGCCAGUGUGUGUAACAGUGUUAGCACACCAGAGACGGUCAUAUGGAAGGGAGGGAGUAUGACUGAGGAGACCCCGUGCAUCCUGUACUCCGCUCGCUGCUCCAGACUGGCUUCAGAGUCUCAGUCUUCCAUACAAACACCUGCUACACCCUCACCUUUCACCUCACCCCUAAACACACCCACUCAGAGCCCAACCCUACACACACGCCACAACCUACCCCAACUCCAAUACAGACCGUCACCCCUUACCGCAGACACACCCUGUCAAACGCACACACCCUCACCUAUGUCCUCACCCCUACCUAUAAUGUUACCACUACCCUCACCCCUAUCUAUAACCUCACCUCUACCCUCACCUCUAGCUGUAAUAUCAUGCCUACCCUCACCCCUAUCUAUAACCUCACCUCUACCCUCACCUCCAGCUGUAAUAUCAUGCCUACCCUCACCCCUGACCCCUAAAGGAUGCCGACCAAAUCCUUACACAGACGAGGCCUGUUCCCCCCACAAGCAUCCCUCUUCCCCCUUUCCCUUUCCUUCCUGUAGAGCUCAGGGUGUGGAAUGUCUGGAGGAGAGGGGCAGCAUUGAGCAGGUCCCACCCCAACCAGGGUGCACCCCUGUGGGGAUGUACUAUGUAGAGAAGCCCCCUAUCCUGAGCCCCAGACCCAGACCUAACAACAACACACCUCCGUUGGGUGUUUGCUUGGGCAUCCCUGUACAGCAGCAAGAAGUGGAGAUGGACCCUCGGGUGUUUUUCCCCAGCCCACCUGCUCACCUGGCAUUGUCAUGGUCACCGAGGCUCACCUGUCCGUCUGGCCGAGGUCAGAUAUCGGCAGGUUUAGUUUCCUCCCUCAGCGACUCACAAUUGGAGGGCUGCCCCCGCUGCUCCUGUAACUCCGCCUAUUCAGGGGUCAUGAACUUGAUGACAUCAUUACCCCAGGGGUCAGGGUUCAGGGAGGAGGGGACAAUGACAUCACAGAGGGAGCUGGUGGAGGUCGGGGUGCAGGCGGGGUCACCUCAAGGGUCAAGGUUAAACUUUAGGUCCCUCCAGAGCUCCCUAAAUGAUUAUGGGUCGGACACUAAUCUGGGGUCUCCCCCUAGGUCCAACUCCAUCAUGGGCGACAACACUUAUCUAGGUUCACAGUCCAUCUUGGGGUCCCCUCCAGGGUCAAGGUUGAACCUGAGGUCAUCGCUAGGCUCCCACUCCAACCUGGUGUCGCCCUCUUCCAGUAUGUUCCCUCUGGACAUCCCCAGAGAGGGGUGGGAGGAGAAGUUAGAGUGGGAGGACAGCAUCUCUGCCCCACUGGGGGAGAUGGGGAGGAGGAGAUCCUGUCUGAAGGUGGUGGUACAGGAGGAGGAGAGGAGGAGAAAUGGAGAAUGGGAUCACAGCAAGAGGAGGAGUAGUAUGAAGCAGGUGCAGUGGGAUGAAGACGGGAUGACCUGGGAUGUUUACGGAGCCUCUCUGGACCCCGACGAACUCAGCUCGGCCAUACAGAAACACCUUCAGCUCAAGACCAGGACAGACAUCACAAACACAGAAACCACUCCCAAAACCAAACCGAAGACUAAAAGCAAAUCAAGGGUUAAGAUCAUUUCUAAAACCAAGAACAAAACCCCUCUCAUGGAAACCGCUACCCCGUCAACCCCUGUUAUGACAACCAAAGGCAUGACCGCUUCCAUGGAAACCACUACCCUGUCAACCCCUGUCACUACCAAAAGAAAGACCACUGCCAUGGCAACUUCCCCAAUGGCAUUAUCGAUUAAUACCGUGGCGACUGCUGCCAUUGAGACUGAGGCUGAAACCAAAGGAGAGGGAGAGAGAGAGGGAGUCAGAGAGGGAGAAAAAGAGGGAGAAGGAGAACAGAGACAGAGAGAACCAGAGGGAGAGGUAAAGGUAGAGAGGGAGGAAGAAGGAAAGUUAGAGGGAGAUAGCGAGGGAGGAAUAGAUGGAAAGGGAAAGGGAGGAGGACAGAGGGAGGGAGGACUGAAGGGGGAAGAGACAGAGGAAAAGGGGACACCAGUGCUGUCUCGUAAGUCGUCAUAUCGUGAGAGUGGGCAGAGCAGGAAGAAGAGUGGAGGAGUGAUGAAGUCACUGAAGCGAUGUGUUCGCUCCUCAAACCCCAAUGAAUGACACUGGAAGAACACUGAGAAGGUGGACAUGAUCACAUUAUAAGACUAACCAAUGACUGUAUGGGACUAACACUGGAGGUUGGCGGGGUGCAGGGUGCAGGGUGCAGUCUAAAGUGGGGUGCAGUCUAAAGUGCAAAUGAGGCAUCUGAAUAACACUAACACUGGACUCCCUACUGCUGUGUUAUAGUUUUUGACUACUUUAUAUCAAAUGUAUAUGUUAGUAUUCAAAUAUAUCUGCCAGUAGGUUAAAAAUAUGUUGGGUUGGAAAGGAUACUACUCCAGUUCAGGUUUGCAAUAACAUCUACAGUUAAAGUCGGAAGUUUACAUACACCUUCGCCAAAUACAUUUAAACUCAGUUUUUCAUCAUUCCUGACAUUUAAUCCUAGUAACAAUUCCCUGUCUUAGGUCAGUUAGGAUCAC